AAUACUCGAUUUACUCCAUUGGGGCUCAAUGAUCAAUUUCAAUUUGUGGCUCAUAUUAGCCCCUAGUGGUAAUGUUCUGUACUGUCACCAGCCUCUCCAACUGAAGUUAUGUGACUGCACUCACCUAGCAUGACAUUUGUUUUGUUUACGGUUGGUGUUGCCAGGAUAUGUUCACUGAAUACCACUCCUCUCCUUAGACCCAUUCUUGUCUGCAAUGAUUUAAACUGUCAGUCAUCUAAACAUGAGUGCCCAGGACUUAAUAACAUUCAAUAUUGGAGGUCAAACAUUCACCACUACUCUGUCAACUCUCAGAAGACACCAAGACUCAAGAAUAGCUAGGAUCCUGGAUGGCAAAGACGCAGAUUUUAAAGUUAUCAGUGGACAAGUUUUUGUAGAUAGAGAUGGGACUUUCUUUAAAUACAUCCUGGAUUAUAUGAGGACAGGUCAAAUCACCUUGCCAGCAGAAUUCUCUGACUACAAUGGCUUGGCUCAAGAAGCACAGUUCUAUGGUUUGCAUCCUUUGGCACUUUGGGUUGAGAGGAACAGCCAUCGAUCCAGAGUUGAGGUUCUAGAGUUGCGCUUCUCUGUCCAGGAAACUCACGGAUUCUUCCAAAUAUUCUGCUCCAACAACAAAACUCUGGAGGCUUUGGCGAGAAGGAUAUCCAUUUUUGUGGAACAUCCAAAUCUGAAUGGGAAUUUCCCACACCUGCCUCAGAACUCCAGCACACCUCAUCCUGUACCGGUCCAGAGACCCUCUCACCACAACAUGGUGUUCCACUGUGGGACUGACCAACUAGCCAGGGAUGACUUCUCUGCCAGGUUUGUAACUAUUGAGCCGGAUGACAGAAAGCUUCUCAACAGCACCAACGUCCUGGGCCUGCUGGUAGACACCCUUCUGAAGGAUGGGUUUCGCCUGAUCGACACAAGGACAGUUUCCCAAGAGGAGAAGACUGAAUGCUACAUGUUUGAAAGGAGCAGAAAUACCCAGAUCGUUGUACUGAGUGAAACCCCCAGGGCAGAACAUCUCAGAAGACAGGACACACAGAGCCAGCUUGGUGAAGGAAAGAAAAAGUGAAAAGUGUCAGGGUGCAUCUCAAAAGUCUGAAGUGGUUCCCUUUCCAUGUCCAGUUCUGUAAUAUCAGUGGACUUCAGACUAUUGAGAUGGAUCCAUUCUCUGCGAGUCAGACUGGAUUGACCAGCAGAUGGCGACAAAGGAUAAUAAUGUUGAGGGUCAUAAUGUCAAUAUGCUUCACCUCACCAUUAGUCUCAAUGUAUACAGUAUAUUUUAUUUGACAUCAAUUUCCUGUGUCCUAAAGUAUAUUUCCAAAAGUACAAUUCUCUAAAUUGAAAUAGAAUUGAGAAUGUAUUUGAUCAAGAACAGAAAUAAAACAUGAAAAAAAAUGUUGUUUUAUUCAACCA